UCUGCUCUUCUUUCUUCUCCCCUGCACCCGACAAGCCCCCCCCAGCCACCGACGCACUCCUCUUGAGAAAUUCGGCAAAAGGCUUGAAUUUUCCUCUUCUUUUCUUGUUAAAUCACAAGAUUUGGGGCUUAGAAUCUUCCCUCUCAACCCAGAAAAUCCCGGUUCUGCUCUGCUCUUCUCCUUUGGGAGUGACGAGUUAGAAGGCUAACCAUUCAAUUGGGGUAUAAGUUUUAGAUUCUAUCAUCCUUUUGUAAGGUUGAUUUUAUUCAUGAGAUUUUGUGAUUUGGAUAAGUUCCGAGCCUUGUGCAUUCGUGGGACCCAUCUCACGAGUGUACGGCGUCUAUCGCGCCUCGGAUUUGGGUUCUGGGGCGUGACAGUUGUGCUAUUUCUUUAAAAUCAACAUUUUAUUACCAUAAAAAUGUGUAAUUUUUUUAAUUAAUAUUAUAUAUUGAUUAAUAUAAGCUAAAAUAUUAU